AUGAACAUGAUUGAUUUGAUUUACGUGAAAACUACUCUCCUAAAUGGUGUUGCUCUCUUGAAUGUGAAACUCGCUGCCACCUCCGACCUUCUCUGUUCAGGCCGAAAGCUGCUGUGUCCACCCCUCCACGAGAAUAUCUUUUGGUGCAACAAUUUCAUCGACAUUGAAGAGCACCACCUCUGCAAUCUUGGUCAAGCUCAGCAAACCUCCGCUCAAGACGUGAUCAGUACCCGCCACGAACACCGAGAGCCAUAG